GGCGCCCGCGCCCCCGCCCUCUCCGGCACGGGCUCCACGGCCAAGGGCGGCAGGGGCCAGCCCGCUGGGUCCCCGCCGCGCUCUUUGUCCUGGCCGCGCGCGGGCCGACGCGUGCGCCCCCCGGGUGAAGGGAGGCGCGGAGAGCGCGCGCGGGAGCGCGCAGGAAGAGCUCGCGCCCGCCGGGCGUCGGGGGCGCGCGUCCCUCCGCCAGGCAAGCAGCGAGCACGCGCGCCGCCGCCGCGCCCGCCCCUCCCCCCCCCCCCCCCCCCCCCCCCCCCCCGCGCUCGCCUCGGAACUUGCUGACUGCGCGGCCGGGAGGAGCCGAGCCGGGCGGCGGCGGCGCGAGGCCACAGCGCGCGGGGGUCUCCCGCGUCCCCUCCGCCUCGCCGGGAGCUCGCGCCCUCGCCCAGCCGAGCUCCUACCCCCCCCUUUUUUCCGAAGGCGCUGGGCGGCGCCACCCUCCGGCCGGAGCCCGGCACUGCACAACCCCCUCCGACUUUCAAUGUUCCACACUCCCCGGCCAGAGCCUCCUCGGCUUCUUUUUUUCCCUCCCCCCCCUUUCCCCCCCCCAGCUGCCUCCAUUUCCUUAAGGAAGGGUUUUUUUCUCUCUCCCUCCCCCACACCGUAGCGGCGUGCGAGCGGGCCGGGCGGGCGGCCGAGUUUUCCAAGAAAUAACUUCACCAAGAUGUCCAGUGAUAGGCAAAGGUCCGAUGAUGAGAGCCCCAGCACCAGCAGUGGUAGUUCAGAUGCGGACCAGCGAGACCCAGCCGCUCCAGAGCCUGAAGAACAAGAAGAAAGAAAACCUUCUGCCACCCAGCAGAAGAAAAACACCAAACUCUCUAGCAAAACCACUGCUAAGUUAUCCACUAGUGCUAAAAGAAUUCAGAAGGAGCUAGCUGAAAUAACUCUCGAUCCUCCUCCUAACUGCAGUGCUGGGCCUAAAGGAGAUAACAUUUAUGAAUGGAGAUCGACUAUACUUGGUCCACCAGGUUCUGUAUAUGAAGGUGGUGUGUUUUUUCUGGAUAUUACUUUUUCGUCCGAUUAUCCAUUUAAGCCACCAAAGGUUACUUUCCGCACCAGAAUCUAUCACUGCAACAUCAACAGUCAGGGAGUCAUCUGUCUGGACAUCCUUAAAGACAACUGGAGUCCUGCUUUGACUAUUUCAAAGGUUUUGCUGUCGAUUUGUUCGCUUUUGACAGAUUGCAACCCUGCGGAUCCUCUGGUUGGAAGCAUAGCCACUCAGUAUUUGACCAACAGAGCAGAACAUGACAGGAUAGCCAGACAGUGGACCAAGAGAUACGCCACAUAAUUCACAUAAUUUGUAUGCAGUGUGAAGGAGCAGAGGGCCUCUUCUCACUGUGCUGCAAAUCUUUAUAGCCUUUACAAUACGGACUUCUGUGUAUAUGUUAUACUGAUUCUACUCUCUGCUUUUAUCCUUUGGAGACUGGGAGCCUCCCCAAAAAGGUAAAUGCUAUCAAGAGUAGAACUUUGUAGCUGUAGAUUAGUUAUGUUUAAAACGCCUACUUGCAAGUCUUGCUUCUUUGGGAUAUCAAAAUGUAUUUUGUGAUGUACUAAGGAUACUGGUCCUGAAGUCUACCAAAUAUUAUAGUGCAUUUUAGCCUAAUUCAUUAUCUGUAUGAAGUUAUAAAAGUAGCCGUAGAUGACUAGGAAUUACGUCAUUUGUAUUAAACCCAGAUCUAUUUCUGAGUAUGUGGUUCAUGCUGUUGUGAAAAAUGUUUUACCUUUUACCUUUGUCAGUUUGUAAUGAGAGGAUUUCCUUUUACCCUUUGUAGCUCAGAGAGCACCUGAUGUAUCAUCUCAAACACAAUAAACAUGCUCCUGAAGGCAUA